AUUUAGCUUCUCCACACAAAAGCAGCUCUCUCUCCAUCUUCAAUCACGGAUCAGAUCCUCAAUUUCUUCCUCUGACCUCUUUCGAUCUUCUCCGAACUGGAAAAUUUCUCGGUGAGAAAUGGCACAACGUUUGCUUCACGGAACUCUCCAUGCUACGGUCUAUGAGAUUGACCAUCUCCAUGGUGGUGGAGGCAGAUCAGGUUUCUUCGGACAGCUUCUGGCAAAUGUGGAAGAGACCAUUGGUGUUGGCAAAGGUGAGACCCAGCUGUAUGCUACGGUUGAUCUGGAGAAGGCAAGAGUUGGGAGAACCAGGAAGAUCAAAGAUGAUCCCAACAGCCCCAAGUGGAACGAGUCGUUUCAUAUAUACUGCGCCCACAUGGCUUCCAACAUUAUUUUCACCGUUAAGGAUGCUAACCCCAUUGGUGCAACCCUGAUCGGACGAGCAUAUGUACCUGUUGAAGAAAUCUGGGAUGGUGAAGAAGUGGAGAAGUGGGUCGAGAUUUUGGAUACGAACCGAAACCCCAUCAAAGGAGAUUCAAAAAUCCGUGUUAGGCUUCAGUAUUUCGAUGUUACAAAGGAUCGAAACUGGAACAGGGGAAUCCGAAGUGCCAAAUUUCCGGGAGUCCCUUACACAUUCUUCUCCCAGAGAAAAGGCUGCAAAGUAUCUCUGUACCAAGAUGCCCAUAUUCCGGAGAACUUUGUUCCUCGUAUCCCUCUUGCGGGCGGGAAGAACUACGAGCCUCACAGAUGUUGGGAAGACAUUUUUGAUGCAAUUACAAAUGCGAAACAUUUGAUCUACAUUACCGGUUGGUCUGUUUACACUGAAAUCGCUUUGGUGAGGGACUCGAGAAGGCCGAAGCCGGGAGGCGAUGUGACCCUUGGAGAGCUACUCAAGAAGAAGGCCAGCGAAGGUGUUAGGGUUCUUUUGCUUGUCUGGGACGACAGAACAUCUGUCGAUGUGCUGAAAAAAGAUGGUCUGAUGGCUACACACGACGAAGAAACCGAGAAUUUUUUCCGGGGAACCGAUGUCCACUGUGUUCUCUGCCCUCGUAACCCCGAUGAUGGUGGUAGCAUUGUCCAAAACCUGCAGAUCUCUACCAUGUUCACGCAUCACCAGAAGAUUGUAGUUGUAGACAGCGAAAUGCCAAGCGGGUCAUCAUCCCAGAUGAGGAGAAUCGUGAGUUUUGUCGGAGGUAUUGAUCUCUGUGAUGGAAGGUACGACACUCCGUUCCAUUCCUUGUUCAGGACAUUGGACACUGCCCAUCAUGAUGACUUCCAUCAGCCAAACUUCACUGGCGCUGCCAUCACUAAAGGAGGUCCAAGGGAACCGUGGCACGACAUCCAUUCCCGUCUCGAAGGACCUGUUGCUUGGGAUGUCUUGUACAAUUUCGAGCAGAGAUGGAGACAGCAAGGCGGCAAAGAUAUUCUGGUUAACAUGAGAGAGCUCGGUGAUAUCAUUAUCUCGCCUUCUCCCGUUAUGUACGAGGAAGACCAUGAAACCUGGCAUGUCCAGUUGUUUAGAUCCAUCGAUGGUGGAGCUGCUUUUGGAUUUCCCGAGUCUCCGGAAGAAGCUGCCAAAUCCGGUCUAGUGAGUGGAAAGGAUAAUAUCAUCGAUCGCAGUAUCCAGGAUGCGUACAUCAAUGCCAUUAGACGGGCCAAGGAUUUCAUCUACAUCGAAAACCAGUACUUCCUUGGAAGCUCUUUCGCUUGGACCGCCGAUGGGAUCAAACCCGAGGACAUCGACGCUCUCCACUUGAUUCCGAAAGAGUUAUCGCUCAAGAUUUGUAGCAAGAUCGAGGCGGGAGAGAGGUUCACCGUUUAUAUCGUCGUUCCAAUGUGGCCCGAAGGGAUCCCAGAGAGCGGAUCUGUCCAAGCUAUACUGGACUGGCAGAAGAGGACCAUGGAGAUGAUGUAUACCGACAUUAUUCAGGCCCUCAGAUCCAAGGGGCUCGAGGAGGAUCCAAGAAACUACUUGACGUUCUUCUGCCUCGGAAACCGGGAGGUGAAGAAAGAAGGAGAGUACGAGCCUUCCGAGAAACCCGACCCCGACACAGAUUACAUCCGGGCACAAGAAGCGCGUCGCUUCAUGAUCUAUGUCCACACCAAAAUGAUGAUCGUGGACGACGAGUACAUCAUUAUCGGAUCAGCCAACAUAAACCAGAGAUCAAUGGAUGGAGCAAGAGACUCGGAGAUAGCAAUGGGAGGGUACCAACCUUAUCACUUGUCGACAAGACAGCCAGCUCGCGGGCAGAUCCACGGAUUCCGUAUGUCUCUGUGGUACGAACACCUCGGAAUGCUUGACGAGACCUUCCUCGAUCCAUCGAGUAUGGAAUGCGUCCAGAAAGUUAACCGUGUCGCCGACAAAUACUGGGACCUCUACUCAAGCGAGGCACUCGAGCACGACCUCCCAGGACACCUUCUCCGUUACCCCAUCGGCGUUUCAAGCGAAGGGAACGUCACCGAGCUUCCGGGUUUCGAGUUCUUCCCUGACACUAAGGCACGUGUUCUCGGGGCCAAAUCUGACUACUUGCCUCCCAUCCUCACGACCUAAUCCGGCUCCCCUUUCUAGUAAUAAAUCUCUGUCGUCUCUCCCGCUCGCUUGCAUUAGCUUUGGUAAUAAAUCAGGUAGCAGCUUGAAGAACUAAUAAGUUAUCAUUUUGGGUUGAUGUUUUACUGCGUUUGUUUUUCCGAUUUGCUUGGAUGAGGGCAUGGAGAGAAUGUAGCUUUGGUGAGUCGUGACCUCUGUCUUUGGUACUAAUUACCCUUCAACCUAUGGAUUUAUGAAUCUCUAUCGAUCUUUUUGUGCAUG